AUGAAGCCUGCAAAGCUUGGUUUGGAGGAACCCCAAGAGCAUAUUCUUCGAAAGAUUAGAAUAACACUCUCCUCCAAGAAUGUCAAAAUCCUCGAGAAAGUGUGUGGCUCUCUGAUAAAGAGCGCUAAGGAAAAGAAACUUAGAAUUAACGGUCCAGUCCGCAUGCCUACUAAGGUUCUUCAUAUCACUACUAGGAAGUCCCCCUGCGGAGAAGGAACCAACACUUGGGAUAGGUUUGAGAUGCGAGAUCAUAAAAGAGUGAUGGACCUCUUCAGCACCCCGGAGGUGGUCAAGCAUGUUACCAAUAUAGAGAUGGAAGCCGGCGUCGAGGUUGAGGUUACCAUUGCCGAUGUUUAA